GGCCAGGUCACCCAACGGAUCAGGGAAGACAGAAAUGGGCCUGCGUUCUGGUCUGCUGUGGGGGCCGCACAGGCAGUGUGAGCAGGGUGAUGGGGCGACUCUGUUCCCUGGAAAGUCCCUGCAGUAACCCCACAGGACUCCCUGGGCAGGCAUGCCCCAGACACUGAGCGCCUCCGACAUGGUCACCCCCGGCAGCCUGGGCCCACCCCCCACAGAGCCCACGGAUGGUGAGCAGGCCGGACAGCCCCUGCUGGACGGAGCUCCCUCAUCAGCCUCCCUGGACACCCUCAUCCAGCACCUGGUGCCCACGACUGACUACUACCCCGAGAAAGCCUACAUCUUCACCUUCCUUCUGAGCUCCCGCCUCUUCAUCGAGCCCCGGGAGCUCCUGGCUCGGGUCUGCCACCUGUGCAUUGAGCAGCAGCAGCUGGACCAGCCGGUGCUGGACAAGGCCCGCGUGCGGAAGUUUGGCCCGAAAUUGCUCCAGUUGUUGGCCGAAUGGACGGAGACAUUCCCGCGGGACUUCCAGGAGGAGUCGACCAUCGGGCACCUGAAGGACGUGAUGGGCCGCAUUGCUCCCUGUGACGAGGCCUACCGAAAGAGGAUGCAUCAGCUCCUGCAGGCUCUGCACCAGAAGCUGGCGGCCCAGGGCCAGGGCCCGGAAGGACUGCCGGGGGCCGACAAGCCCAUCUCCUACAGGACCAAGCCUCCGGCCUCCAUCCACAGGGAGCUCCUCGGCGUCUGCAGUGACCCCUACACUCUGGCCCAGCAGCUGACCCACGUGGAGCUGGAACGCCUACGACACAUCGGGCCUGAGGAGUUUGUCCAAGCUUUUGUGAACAAGGAUCCUUUGGCCAGCACAAAGCCUUGUUUCAGCGACAAGACUAACAAUCUGGAGGCUUACGUGAAGUGGUUCAACAGAUUGUGCUACCUCGUGGCGACUGAGAUCUGCAUGCCGGCCAAGAAGAAGCAGAGAGCCCAGGUGGUGGAGUUCUUCAUCGACGUGGCCCGUGAGUGCUUCAACAUUGGCAACUUCAACUCCCUGAUGGCCAUCAUCUCUGGCAUGAACAUGAGCCCGGUCUCCAGGCUGAAGAAGACCUGGGCCAAAGUGAAGACGGCCAAGUUUUUCAUCCUCGAGCACCAGAUGGACCCAACAGGGAAUUUCUGCAACUACAGGACAGCCCUGCGAGGCGCGGCCCACCGCUCUCUGACCGCCCACAGCAGCCGGGAGAAGAUCGUCAUUCCCUUCUUCAGCCUGCUCAUCAAAGACAUCUACUUCCUGAAUGAGGGCUGUGCCAACCGCCUCCCCAAUGGACACGUCAACUUUGAGAAAUUUCUGGAGCUGGCAAAGCAGGUUGGAGAGUUCAUCACAUGGAAACAAGUGGAGUGUCCCUUUGAGCAAGACCCCAGCAUCACCCACUACCUGCACACCGCCCCCAUCUUCAGCGAGGAUGGUCUUUAUUUGGCUUCUUAUGAAAGUGAGAGCCCAGAGAACCAAACAGAAAAAGAGAGGUGGAAAUCUCUAAGAUCUUCUAUUUUGGGGAAGACGUGAGAAGCGCUGAGCAGGAGGAGGAGGAGGAGGCGGCGGAGGAGGAGGGAGGAAGUCAGCCGGAGCCUUCGGAGCCUUCGCAGCCCUGCGGCCCAGCAGAAAGCGGAGGUGUUGGCGCCUCCUUGCUUUGCAAACCGUGACCUGCGGCCUGACGCCCGCCCAGCGACCAGCGCGCAAGAGACCUUCCUCCACCGUCUGUGGAACUUCCGCCCCGACAGGCCCAAGGGCCUUCCGACAUGUGGGCAGCGCGUGCCUCAGGGGCCCUGCCUUCAGGAUGGUGGGGGUCACAUUACAGUGACCUCGGCAAGGACGGCAAGGACGCAGCCCCACCCCCAAAGGGCAGGGUGACUGCAGUGUCGCUCUCAUUGGGUGAUGAGUGCCACAGAAACUGCCCCCCAGCCUGUCACCAGGUGACCUGGGAGCCUCCACAUCUCUGGCAGACACCUCGAGGCUGGCCCCUGCCAUUCUGCUGAUGGACUCUACCCUGCCCCCACCACCCCUGCCCCAGUAUGGGCUGGUUUCUGCAGCCCAAUUCACUCCCUUUCUGGAUCCUGCUGGUAUCAGGGGAUAGCUUUCUGGUGACAGCUGUGACACAGGUCAUGGGACAAAUUUGAGUCACAAAAAUGACACCAUUGUAAACUCUAGAGCUGGUAUAAACAUGUUCAUACACCCUGCGUAUCCA